AUGGGCAACUCACAGAAAAAAGGUCUUUCAAAGGAGAUCCUGGAUGACCUUAAAGUGAACACAAAGUUUACUGAAGCCGAGAUCAUGCAAUCACAUGAGAACUUCCAGAAGCAGUGUCCCUCUGGUCGCAUCUCUCAAGAUCAGUUUGUAGAGAUCUACAUUCGGUACUUCCCUAACAGUGAUGCGAAAUCUUAUGGCCAGCAUGUAUUUCGCUCCUUCGACACCAAUGACGAUGGGACAUUAGACUUUAAAGAGUACAUUGUAGCUCUUCACAUGACCUCUUCAGCCAAGACAACCAUGAAGCUGGAGUGGGCCUUCUCCCUUUUCGAUGUGGACAAGAAUGGCUACAUCACAAAAAACGAAUUGUGCGAACUCUGUCAGGCCAUUUUUAAACUCAUACCUAAAGACAAGGUCGCAGAUCUUCCCAAUGAUGAGAACACAGCAGAGAAGAGAGCCGAAAAACUCUGGACCAUAUUUGGCAAAAAGGACAAUGAACGACUUGCAGAGGGCGAAUUCAUUGAGGGUGUAUCAUCAAGCCAAGUAGCGCUGAGGUUAAUUCAAUAUGACAAUAAAUGA